CAGAAACUGUAGUUAAGCAUGGCUUCUAAGCCAGGAAUUCUCACUGACUGGCCGUGGACUCCUCUCGGAAGCUUUAAGUACAUAAUCUUGGUUCCAUGGAUUACCGAGAGCAUAUACUCCUUUAUAGUUAAAGAUGAAAAUGAGAGGGACUUUUCCAACCUUUCCAUAUUCCCAUUUAUGUUGUGGAGAAUGUUUCACAACCAGAUAUGGAUUAGCCUUUCUCGUUAUCGGACUGCCACAGGCAGCAACAGGAUUGUGGACAAAGGCAUUGAGUUUGACCAAGUGGACAGGGAAAGGAACUGGGAUGACCAAAUUUUGUUCAAUGCAAUCCUGUUUUACUUGGGGAACAAGUAUGUUCCUGGAGGUUCUCACUUACCCCUUUGGAGAACGGAUGGUGUGAUUUUGACCAUGUUACUCCAUGCAGGCCCCGUGGAGUUCCUUUACUACUGGCUUCACAGAGCACUGCACCACCAUUUCCUUUACUCUCGAUACCAUUCUCAUCACCAUUCCUCCAUCGUGACAGAGCCUAUCACUUCUGUGAUUCAUCCAUUCGCAGAGCACAUAGCAUACUUCGCCCUCUUUGCAAUUCCAUUGUUGACAAUUGCGUUGAGUGGAACCGCGUCCAUAGCCGCCAUUGCUGGGUACAUCACUUACGUGGACUUGAUGAACAACAUGGGUCACUGCAAUUUCGAGCUCAUUCCCAGCUGGCUCUUCUCCGUUUUCUCCCCUCUCAAGUACCUCAUGUACACUCCAUCGUACCACUCCCUGCACCACACACAGUUCAGAACCAAUUACGCACUGUUCAUGCCAUUCUAUGAUUACAUCUAUGGCACAAUGGACAAGUCUUCUGAUACCUUGUAUGAGAAUUCACUCAAAAGGAAAGAGGAGUCACCCGACGUGGUGCAUCUAACGCACCUAACCACGCCUGAGUCAAUCUAUCAUCUCCGCCUUGGAUUUGCCUCCUUGGCCUCUAAACCAUACUCAUCAGCCUGGUAUUUGUGCCUGCUGUGGCCUCUGACAUUGUGGUUCGUGACACUUACCUGGAUCUAUGGUCGCACUUUUGUCGUUGAAAGGAGUCGUUUUGAUAAAAUCAGACUACAGACCUGGGCCAUACCAAAGUACAAAAUACAGUACCACUUGAAAUGGCAAAAGGAAUCCAUCAAUAACCUGAUUCAGGAAGCCAUAUUAGAGGCUGAGGAAAAAGGUGCAAGAGUGUUGAGUUUAGGCCUCAUGAAUCAGGUUGAAGAGCUCAACAGGUAUGGCGAGCUGUACGUGCACAAGCAUCCCCAGCGUAAAGUGAAAUUGGUCGAUGGGAGUAGCUUGGCAGUGGCAGUUGUGCUAAACAGCAUACCAACGGGAACAACCCAAGUACUCCUGAGGAGCAACCUAAGUAAAGUUGCUUAUGCUGUUGCAUUUGCCCUAUGCCAGAAGGGCAUCCAGGUCGCUGUAUUGCGUGAGGAUGAAUAUGAGAAGCUUAAUAAGUCACUUGGCACCAAAUCUGAGGGUAAUUUGGUUAUCUCAAAGGGUUACUUUUACAAGACAUGGUUAGUUGGAGAUGAUUUGAGUGAAGAAGAACAAAGGAAUGCAACCAAAGGAACACUAUUUAUUCCCUUUUCGCAAUUCCCACCAAAGAAAUUGCGCAAAGACUGCUUCUAUCACACCACACCAGCAAUGCAGACUCCCAUGUCCCUUGAGAAUGUGGAUUCUUGUGAGAACUGGCUACCAAGGAGGGUGAUGAGUGUAUGGCGCAUAGCUGGAAUUGUGCAUGCACUAGAAGGAUGGGAGGAGCAUGAAUGUGGUUACACCAUGUCAAACAUUGAGAAAGUUUGGGAAGCAAGUGUCAAGCAUGGAUUUCAGCCUUUGAGGGUCCCAACUCAAUCAAAAAUUCUAGAAUAAUUGGCAAUCUCUGUAUAUUUUAUGGUCUUUAGCAUAUUGAGCUGUGGUUAGCUAUGCAGUAAGCAUUUUGGUAUCCAGGAAUCAUGGGAGUCCACAUCCAACUGUAGACUCCAUGCUUCCAGAUAGUACGUAUUAGUAAUUUCAAAUAAAUGACAAAUCAAUUCGGGAACACUACUCUCAACAGC